GGUAUAAAUACAUCGAAGGUUGUCGAAACACGAUGAGUUAUCAACUUUAUCGAAACACUACACUAGGAAAUAGCUUACAAGAAAGCCUCGAUGAGCUAAUACAGUCGCAGCAAAUAAGCCCACAGUUGGCCCUACAAGUACUGCUACAGUUUGAUAAAGCUAUUAAUCAUGCAUUAUCCAACAAGGUUAAAAACAAGAUUAAUUUUAAGGGACACCUAAACACCUAUCGAUUCUGUGACAAUGUCUGGACAUUUGUUCUUGAAAAUGUGGACUUCCGGGAAGUAGGAGAAAUAGUAAAAGCUGAUAAAGUUAAAGUCGUGGCUUGUGAUGGAAAAGGAUCUGCGACUUCUGAGGCUGGAACAUCGUAAACUUUUUGAUUUUUAGGAAACAAUUAUAGAACUGUCUGCUAUGUGAAACCAGCUAAGUCAACAACAAAGAAAGCAUCAUUGGAAAAUGGAUAACUGUGAUAUCUAGAAAUGUGAGACUUGCUAUGAAUUGUCAUGUACAUGUACGUUACAAAAUUCAACACAAGUUGAAAUGUAAAGACUGUGCAAACUAUGAAUUACGUGCUUAUAUUUCUAGCCCUGUGCAAACAUAUGUAUAUACUCGUAAUAUAAUGCAUUGUUGUAUAUGUGGGCUGACAAAGUGCAGUACAGUAAAGGGGAAAAAGUUUGUCGAAAUAUUAUUGCUGUAAUUUAAUAAAAAAAGUUGCUCACCAAAAA